AUGGAUUCGCUUCCAGUUACCAGCAAGACAGCUGGCGAGCCAGAAAGCUUGUUGAACAAGACACUAGAGACCGGAGCCGCUGCCGUUCAGAACUUUGAGCCAGUGCAAAGGAUAUGCGCACAUCUGAACGCCUUCCAUGCAUAUGCUCACGACCCAACGCGAGAUGCGGUUGAGGCCAACCAUUACUGCGCACAUCUCAACGAGGAUGUGAGGCAGUGCAUCCUGUAUGAUUCACCUGUGCAGCCAGCACGGAUUAUCGGUAUCGAAUACAUGAUUAAGCCGCAUCUGUACGAAACUCUGGAUAAAGAAGAGCAGAAGCUGUGGCAUUCGCACGUGUUCGAGGUCAAGUCUGGUAUGCUGAUCAUGCCGAAGCCUAAAGCUGUUCCAGAGGCUGCUUGGGAGCUUGCCGAGAACAAGGAGAUGGAAGAGGUUGUUCAUCUCUACGGCAAGAUCUACCAUCUCUGGCAGACAGAUAGAGGAGAUAAACUACCCCUGGGUCCACCACAGCUUAUGACGAGUUACACAUCAGCCGAUCAGAUGCCAAACUUCGAGAAGAUUAUCGAGGACCGGGACAGGCGAUUUGGAACUGACCACAAGCGUAAAAAGGAGGUGCGUGAGUACAUCAAGGUUCCGGAUAUUCACCCGAAUGCCGAUGCUACCUGGGCGAAGGGCGGCCUUGGACACGUUGGGGAGAAGGAAUCGUAG